CUUUAAGUGAAGGAACAAAGGUCGCCGGAAGUGCGGUAGCGCGCCGUGGUUGACCGCAUGAGCUGACGCCGACAUCAUACCUCCGGUAGCUUGCUCCACCCUCCCGCCGUGUACCCGACCUCAGCCUCAAACUUUCAACUUCUGUCCGAAGGGACUAUCUUUACCCUCUUCCACCUCAUAACAAGCACAUCUGAAGCUGGUGAGAAGAUGUUCAGCUUCAUCGCAGACGGCUUGACUGUCGCAACCACCGUUCUUUUCCCCAUAUUCGCAUCCUACAAAGCCCUCCACACCUCUGAUCCAGCGCUGCUCGCACCCUGGUUGAUUUACUUCGUCGUUCUCUCGAUCCUCACCACUGUUGAGAAUGUCUUCGACUUCAUCCUCAGCUGGAUCCCCUUCUACUCGUGGAUCCGCUUCUUCAUCCACCUGUACCUGAUCAUGCCCGGCUCGCAGGGCGCUUCAUUCGCAUACCAAGAGUACAUCGAGCCAUUCUUGUAUCAGCACGAGCGCGAGAUUGAUCACUUCAUAAGCGAGAGCCAUGAUCGUGGGAAGGCUGCAGGACUGGCAUACUUGGGUAUGGCUAUCGAAUGGGUCAAGGUUAAUGUCCUGGGCUUGGCACCUGCAAAGCCUGAGUCGCCUAGGCCUGCAGGGCAGACAUAUGCACAGAACUUGAUGAGCAGAUUCCAGAUGCCAGCUGCUAGGGGAAGCAACGACUUGUACGGACUCGUCAACCAGGCGCUGAGCGGAGCAAGCGCUCUGUACGCCGGCAACCAGAGUGGCCAAGCUGCGGAGCUCAGCCGCAACGCGAACCUCGUUCCAGAAAGCAUUCGCAAUAAUGACGACAGACUCAACUACGUGACCUCGCAGCGUCAGCGUCUCGAGACGCUCCUUCAGGCAUUCGAUCGCGAGCAGGAGAACAUCCGUUCACAGCAGUCGAGCGGCAACAGGUACCACGAGGGUAGCAGAACACCAACCGGCAUCUCAAGGAACAGGAGCGAGUCCGAGUUCGACCGCAUCGAGCGCGACGAAGCCAGCCCGCGUCCUCCGUACCCAACUACACCCCCACCACUAGGCAGGCGAACAAGCAGCGGCUGGAUGCCUUGGAACUGGCAGCGUCCACAGCCACCGGCAGAUCGCGUGGACCUUGAUGACCCUCUGGCAUACGGCAAAGAGCCUGCCGAUUCGAGGAGAGCACGCGCAACCGGAUUUGACCUCGGGGAUCGCUAGGGAACGAAUCCUUGGAGGAAGUCCUUCUAAUGAUUGUGUAUUCAACGGCGUUUUAGCAUGACUGAAAACAGUAGAGACUGGAUCUCUCAGAGUCACCAGGCUGCAUAACACAAAUGAAUAUUCGGCAGUCAAGUAUGAAUCCAUCAACACAACUGUGCAACCUUCGUCAUUGUGGCCCGUGCCCUCGAACUGAAUCGUGACUACGCGCCGCG